GGAAACCAGAUGUUUCAGCCGCAUUCCAGCCGCUACUCAGAGAAUUUCUCGUGGGCAGCCCCGACACUGUAAAACUGCUGCAACUGAAGACAUGGUCGUGCUCCUUUGCUUAUGGGUCCUGCUGUGGGAAGAGGUUCACGGAUGGGGAUUCAAGAAUGGAAUCUUUCAUAACUCCAUAUGGCUUGAACAAGCAGCGGGUGUGUACCAUCGAGAAGCUCGGGCUGGCAGAUACAAGCUCACCUAUGCAGAAGCCAAGACCGUAUGUGAAUUUGAAGGUGGCCGCCUUGCCACCUACAAGCAGCUAGAAGCAGCCAGAAAAAUUGGAUUUCAUGUCUGUGCUGCUGGAUGGAUGGCCAAGGGCAGAGUUGGAUACCCCAUUGUGAAACCCGGGCCCAACUGUGGAUUUGGGAAAACUGGUAUUAUUGAUUAUGGAAUCCGGCUGAACAGGAGUGAGCGGUGGGAUGCCUAUUGCUACAACCCACAUGCAAAGGAGUGUGGCGGUGUCUUUACAGAUCCAAAGCGAAUUUUUAAAUCGCCAGGCUUCCCAAAUGAGUAUGACGACAACCAGGUUUGUUACUGGCACAUCCGACUCAAGUACGGUCAGCGAAUUCACCUGAGCUUUUUGAACUUUGACCUUGAACACGAUCCAGGCUGCCUGGCUGACUAUGUAGAAAUAUAUGACAGCUACGAUGAUGUCCAUGGCUUUGUAGGAAGAUACUGUGGUGAUGAACUUCCAGAAGACAUCAUUAGCACAGGAAAUGUCAUGACCUUGAAGUUUCUGAGCGAUGCAUCCGUCACUGCGGGAGGUUUCCAGAUUAAAUAUGUCACCGUGGAGCCUGCAUCCAAAUUCAGCCAAGCCAAAAAUACAAGUACUACUGGAAAUAAAAAGUUCUUACCUGGAAGAUUCAGCCACCUAUAAAAAUUUUUUAAGGAGCUGUUCAAAACAUACAAUAUUUAUGUUUGUAGCUUUUGGAUCUCCUUUGUUCUCACUUUUGUAUUUUUAUUAUUAACAUGUAUUUAUUAUUUUUCCAAAUGUGAAAGCAAUAUGUAAUUGUGGGGAAAAUUUGAAAAAUACAGAAAACAGGAUCGAGAGAUGACUCAGCAGUUAAGAGCACUGACUGCUCUUCCAGAGGA